GGGCAGAAGUAUCUCCCUCACACGCCGGCACAAUACAUAUCUGCUUUAUAACCCUUAACCAUGUUAUAGAGUUUGUUCUGCACAUCAAUUGGCGAGCCAGGCAGGAGACCCUCUCUGCCUGGCUGCUGGACCGGGUGGGGUGUGGGACAUUCUAGGCAAUGCCACCAGACUGUUUCUCUGGAGAGUCUCUCAUCCCCAUCUGAUCACUGCAGGGGAAGAGCCCGGCCAGCAGACCAGAAUGCCUAAGUCAAAGGAACUAGUGUCUUCGAGCUCAUCUGCCAGUGAUUCAGAUAGUGAAGUUGAUAAAAAGGCAAAGCGGAAAAAGCAAGCAGCUCCAGAAAAGCCUGUAAAGAAACAAAAGACUGGUGAAAGUUCAAAAGGUGCAGCUUCUUCUAAACAGAGCAGUAACAGAGAUGAGAAUAUGUUUCAGAUUGGCAAAAUGAGAUAUGUCAGCGUUCGUGACUUUAAAGGGAAGGUCUUAAUUGAUAUUAGAGAAUAUUGGAUGGAUCAAGAAGGUCAAAUGAAGCCUGGCAGAAAAGGUAUUUCUUUAAAUCCAGAACAGUGGAACCAGCUGAAGGAACAGAUUUCUGAUAUUGAUGAUGCAGUAAGAAAACUAUAAAUACAGAGCCAUACAGAAACCUUUACAAUUUUUGUUGUUUUAAGUGAUUUUUUUACAUUGGCUUUUGUUUUCUAAAACAUUGUUUUCCAAGCUAUUGUAUAUUUGGAUUGCAAAACGAUUUGUAAGAUGAAUACUUUUUUAAUGUGCAUUAAAAGUGUAUUCUGAGUGAGACUAUUUGUGUAUACUUUACUAAAAGGAAAUGUGUUACUUUCACCUCAUGGUAUAAAAAAUGUCAAAUAAUAUGUAAAGCAUAGGUAUUUAUGGCCUUUUGAUUGAAAAUGUUUGCUGAUAAG